CUGCCGCCGACGGUCGGCGUCGCCACCGUUGCUCUACAGCCCCGGUGAUACUUCGAUAACGCCAUCAUGUCCGCCGUUCGAUUUCUGGACGUCGAGGCCGACCGCCGUCGCGACGUUACUGUCGGGCCAUUUUUUCGAUACGCGAAAAUGCGAUGACGCCGCGAACAAACUUCUGGUGAAAUACGGGAAAAUGGUCAGGAUGGCCAGCAUGGAGGAACACGAGAGGAAAAUCGUGGUGGAGUUCGUUCAUCUAUUGGAGAAGUCGAAGCAGUUGUUCAAUGGGUUAAGGGAUUUACCGCAGUAUGGCCACAAACAAUGGCAGGCAUAUUUCGGGAGAACUUUCGACAUUUACACCAAAUUGUGGAAAUUCCAGCAGCAGCACCGGCAAAUUUUAGAUACCAAAUAUGGUUUGAAGAGAUGGCAAAUUGGGGAGAUCGCUUCUAAGAUUGGCCAGCUUUAUUAUCAUUAUUAUUUAAGAACUAGCGAAACAAAUUAUUUGAAUGAAGCAUACUCGUUCUACGCAGCCAUUCGUGGAAGGGCGUAUUACUCUCGAGCUGCAAAAGAAGACAGGUCUGAAUUAAUGGUAAAAAAGCUACGAUACUAUGCCCGAUUUAUAGUGGUGUGCCUCCUGCUUAGACGAAUGAAACUAGUUAGAGAAUUAAUAGUAGAAUUAGACCGACAUAUCGCCGAUUACACCAGUACCUAUGAACCGGACGAUCAGAUUGAGUGGAGCCUCGUUCUGGAUGAGAUCAAAGGUUUCAUCGCUUCCGAUUCUUUGGUUACGGUUUUACAUGCAGAUACAAAUCCUAUAGUAUUAUCACACAGGUUAAGCCCUCUCACAACACCGCCCGUAGAAAAAUCCCAAUACAUGAAUCUCACUUUACAAGAGAUUCUAAUCGUUGGUAGCGCCUCAGAACAAGUAAAGUUUUCAGAGCUCACUAUGGAUAUGUUCAGAAUGAUCCAGACUUUAGAGAGGGAGCCCCAGGAGGACUUUAAUCAUAUAUACGACGCAUCUCCUGCCCCUGGGAGAGUACCAUAUGGAGUACCCGGACAAAAAGGUUAUGUGGAAAAUGGAGAUCGUCUCUCCCGAAGAGAAAACCCUCACAAAUAUUUGCUCUACAAACCUACGCUAAGUCAGGUCUUGGUUUUUCUUGCGAGUGGCUUUAAAGAACUUCCAACCAACGGUGCUUUGUUGCUGUAUUUAUCUUCUGAUGGUUGUUUUUCGACCUCGAAACAUCCCGAAGAUAUGGGAUAUGACCUUGGCGGGGUGGCGACGAGUAGUAAACGUGACGGUGACCAUAAAAAAACUAAAGAAGUGCACUGCCUUUACCCUGGUGAUCUUUACCCGUUCACGCGGCGCCCUUUAUUUGUGAUAGUGGAUUCUGACAAUAGUUUCGUUUUUCAACACAUUCCUAGGUAUUUUGGACAACCUUUAGUUACCCUUAUGUCUCCGCAGGAUACUCCACCGGCUUUUCAAGAUCAACAACACAACGGUUCUCUAUUUACCCUGUUCUUGCACUCGCCAUUGACAGCUUUCUGCUAUUGUUGCAAUAUAUCCAGCAUAGCGAUUCACCACUGGGAGAGAUGCCAGUCUUUUGUUGACCGAUUCGUUACGGAAGCAUCCAGGUUAUUUACUAGGGCCAGAGUAGAUAUCUCAUAUCUUCAAUUCUUCGGAGACGACUUUUUGCGACUACUGUUGCUUCGUUACGUUUUUUGUGACGUGGUGCUGCACCUGCACCGUGCCUUCCGGGGCAGACAGUACCGCCCCCGAUGUCAGCCGGCGCUUCCCGAGGCGGAACUUCUGGAACAUCCAUCCCUCCAGCAUUUGGUGCUCGAUUUGGCGACCCAUUUAGAAGUCAAGACGCAUUUUUUGGAAGGGCACGAGCUCGAAUGAUCCAGGUCUUCCUCCUCAUGGAUAACUUUGGGACUUCGCGGCUUAUCCUGGUCGUCACCAUCCCCGAGCUCCCAUGAGGACGAAGGGGAUUCACCCCGCGUGAACUUCACUUCCACCACCACCACCACCACAAUCACCAAAUCAUCCACGGUGAUGCCAUUCGGUUUGUUUUUCGCUACCGUAGUGUUUCUUUUCGCGAUCGCGCGCAUGUUUAUUAGUGACUUUGCUACCAGGAUCGCGCGAAAACUCUUUAACGAGUUUAGCGGGACCGGUCCAGAAGUUUUCGAUUUUAUGACGCAGAGCGUGUGGACGUUAAAUUUAAAUGCAUGCUCGAAUAGCGACUUGUCAGCGCUGGACAAUGUGGUUAUUGUUUAAUAAAAAAAAUAACAAAAGAGCUUCUCAUAUUUGACUUUUAAAUAAUUUUUAAAUACCGUGAUAACACUUAAAUUAAACUUACUUGUAAUGUGUAUAAUUAUUACGUAAGAGGUUAUGUGCAUUUAUAAAAUUCAUAGUUAAAAACUGAAUUGGUUGACGUAUUGAACGAUGGCUCAACAUAUCACAUUUUUAAUUUAAAAAUUGAUGAACAAUAUUGGAUUAACCCUUAACUGAUAUGGUGACAUUUUGGGACACAAACUACGUUGUGGGGCAUCACUCUUUUAUAUUUUUUGUUAUUUAAGGCUAAAAAGGGCUUUCCAAUAAAAAAAACUAAGUUCUCCUCCAUUUCGUCCACAAGAUGAGGGAAUAAGAGGCUAAAGAUGAAUAGUGUGUGUUCUGGGAGUCCCUGGGACUCCAUUACGUCUGUUAAGGGUUAAAACCUAAAAAUAUGACAACAGUAGAGUCGGGCUGAAUCCUCGAAGCUCAUAGCUGAUCCGAGUUGUUACCAAAUGGUACAAAAAGUAUUGGCGAUGUUAAAGUUUCACAUAAAAUGUUAAUUAUUUAAAAAAAAAAUCCACGUAAUAUCUAAUAAAUGCACAUUACCUUGGCAAUUAGCUCAAACUGAGCACAGCGUCUUUCACAAAAAUCCGUUCACUUAUAAGGUCAUUUAAAUGCGUUUUUUAAAUGACACAAAAACUAUAAUAUAAAUUUAAUACAAGUUAAGGUUGCGCAAUUCAAGGUAAAUAAAUAUUAUAUUGCAUUUAUUAUACAAGCAUGAAUUAAUUAAAUUAUUUUAAACGAGAUAAAUUAUUUAACUCUGUAUAUUUCCGGCAUCUCUUGUAAGCAAGUGUUAAUUGAAUCAUUAUUAUUUUAAAUUUUUUGAGAAAUAGAAACUAAAAUUUAAAAAAAAUUAAAACGUUCUUUAAAUAA